AUGGAAAACGUUAAUCUCUAUUUCCCCUACCCCCAAUCCCUCCCCAUAUCCCCAUUUCCAAGCCACUCCCGUCACUCCCCUUCCCUCCGCCCCUACCCGAUUCCUCUUUCCCCAGGGACUCCUCAUAUCCCCUUCCCUCCCCCUUACAAGCGUCACACCUCAUAUCAUGUGUCCCAUGUCCCUCCCCAGUUCCCCGUUUCCCAUUCACUCCCCAUUUCCGCGUUUCGGAGUCACCGCUGUGUUUCCCCUUUCCUUAAACCCGCCCCAUAUCCCCUCCCUCCGUCCCUCCUCAUUUUGCCCCCCCUCCGACCCUCCCCAUUUUCCCUUCCUUCCAUCCCGGCCCAUUUCCCCAUCCCUCACUCCCUCCCCAUUUUCCCUUCCCUCCAUCCCUCUCCAUUUUGCUGUUCCUCUGUCCCUCACCCUUUUGCACCACACACACCGCCGUCCCUCCCCAUUUUGCCUUCCCUCUGUCCCUCCCCAUUUCCCCUACCCUCUGUCACUCCCAUUGCCCCUCCUCUAUGUCCCUCCACAUUACCCCUUCUCUCUGUCACUCCCUGUUUCCCUUUCCCAUACUCUCCAUGUUACCCCUUCCCUCUGAACCUCCCCAUCCCCCCUCCCUCUUUCCUUCCCCAAUUCCCCUUCCCUCUGUCCCUUCCCAUUGCCACUUCCCUCUGUCACUCCCAUUACCGCUUCCCACUGUCCCUCCCCAUUUCCACUGCCCUCUAUCCUUCCCUAUCUAGUCUCCUCUUUCUCACUCCCAUUUCCCCUUCCCUUUGUCUCUCCCAUUUCCCCUGCCACCUGUCCCUCCCAUUUCACAUCCCCCCUGUCCCUCCACCCGCCACUUCCCUCUGUCCGUCCCAAUCUGUCCUUCCGGAUUUCCCCAUCCCUCUGUGCCUCCCCAUCUCCCUCCCCUCUGUCCCUCCCCAUCUCCCUCCCCUCUGUCCCUCCCCAUCUCCCUCCCCUCUGUCCCUUCCCAUCUCCCUCCCCUCUGUCCCUCCCAUAUCUCACCACUCUGUCCCUCCCCAUAUCCCACCCCUCGUCCCUCAACAUAUCCCACCCCUCUGUCCCUCACCAUAUCCCUUCCCUAUGUCCCUCCCCAAAUCCUUCUCUCUGUCACUCCCCAUUUUCCUCUCCCAACACUCCAUGUUACCCCUUCCCUCUGUGUACCUGGUGUGUGCCUUGUGUUCACCUGUGCGCCCCCACCUACCUUGCUCAUUCCGUCACACCCAUCACGCUCCUCUCCACAACCUUCCCACAUCACCCAUCCUCUUCACACCCUUUCGAUGCUUGAAAGAGGGGUUGAUCGGCAUUGGGGCUCAUGCAAUGUCGCCCUCCCACACACCCUCGCUUGCCCUCCCUAAUUUGCCAACCACCCUAUGCCCAAUGUGUCUGCCCCAGGCCAUCCGUGCGAAGGGACAUCAGCAGCCCGGCCCGGCCCAGCCUCCACAUUUCCCCUUUUCUCUGACCUCCCCAUUUCCCCUUCCUGUACAAAUUCAAUUCCCCUUGCCCCUGUCACUCCCCAUUUCCCCUUCCCUCUGUCCCUUCCCCAUUUCCCCUUCCCUCUGUCCCUUCCCAAUUUCCCCUUCCCUCUGUCCCUUCCCCAUUUCCCCUUCUCUCUGUCCCUUCCCAAUUUCCCCUUCCCUCUGUCCCUUCCCCAUUUCCCCUUCCCUCUAUCCCUUCCCCAUCUCCCCUUCCCUCUGUCCCUUCCCCAUUUCCCCUCCCCUCUGUCCCUUCCCCAUUUCCCCACCCCUCAGUCCCUCAGCAUUUCCCCUUGUCCUGUCACACCGCUUAUCCCCUUCCCCCUGUCCCUCCCCAUUUCUCCUACCCUCUGUCCCUCCCAUUUUCCCUUCCAAUACCAGCCCAAGUCCCCUUGUCCCUGUCACUCCCCAUAUCCCCAGUCCCCUGUCACUCCAUGUUUCCCCUUCCCCUAAUCCCUCAGCAUUUCUCCUUGUCCUGUCACUCCCCUUAUCCCCUUCCCCCUGUCCCUCUCAGGCACCCAUUUUCUCUGACCUUCCCCAUGUUCCCUUCCAGUACCAGCCCAUGUCCCCUUGUCCCGCAUUUCCCCUUGUCCUGUCACUCCCCUUAUCCCCUUCCCCCUGUCCCUCCCCGUUUCCCCUUUUCUCUGACCUUCCCCAUGUUCCCUUCCUGUACCAGCCCAAGUCCCCUUGUCCCUGUCACUCCCCAUUUCUUCCUUCCCCUGCCACUCCGUGUUUCCCCUUCCCCCAGUCCCCCAGCAUUUCCCCUUAUCUUGACACUCCCCUUAUCCCUUACCCCUGUCCCUCCCCAUUUCCCCUUUUCUCUGACCUUCCCCAUGUUCCCUUCCGAUACCAGCCCAAUUCCCCUUGUCCCGGUUACUCCCCAUUUCCCCUUCCCCCUGUCACUCCAU